GGAGCGGAAUGGAGGUGGAUAGUGUUGCAGCUGUAAUGAUGGGUUACCAUUGCAGGUAAAGGAUGAAAACAUCCUUCCGCGCCCGUGAGUGCGGAGUCAGCGUGCUGCCGUCGAGGACCUGAGUGAAUGUGCAUGUGUGAAUGUUAGUUUCAGCAAGUGAAUGUUAGGAAUAUGGGACCAAUAUUGUGGCCCAAAGGGAACAGGUUUCUGGCUCCAGUGACCCGUUCGAGUGCUGACCGCUGGUGUGUGUCCUGACCUCCCUGUCAUCCCCUCUCCUCUUGUCGCGGACCCGCGCCUUUCCCCCUGCCUUUCGACUUCAUGAAGAUUCGUCUCAUCGGUGAUGUGAUGAAUAAAUUUGAGGUCCUUGGGAUUGUAGGAGAGGGAGCCUAUGGGGUGGUUCUAAAAUGCAGGCACAAGGAGACGAAAGAGCUUGUGGCCAUAAAGAAGUUUAAGGACAGUGAAGAGAAUGAAGAGGUGAAGGAGACGACGCUGCGCGAGCUGAAGAUGCUCCGCACCCUAAAGCAGGAGAACAUAGUAGAGCUAAAGGAGGCGUUCCGCCGCCGGGGGAAACUCUACCUGGUGUUUGAGUAUGUGGAGAAGAACAUGUUGGAGUUGUUGGAGGAAAUGCCCAAUGGCGCACCACCUGAUAAAGUCCGAAGCUACAUUUAUCAGCUGAUCAAAGCAAUCCACUGGUGCCAUAAGAACGAGAUAGUACACAGAGACAUCAAGCCUGAAAAUCUCCUCAUCAGCUCCAACGACAUCCUCAAGCUGUGUGAUUUCGGUUUUGCCCGCAAUCUCUCAGAAGGCAGUGAUGCUAACUACACUGAAUACGUGGCCACAAGGUGGUACCGCUCUCCUGAGCUGCUUCUGGGGGCUCCGUAUGGGAAGGCGGUGGACAUGUGGUCAGUGGGGUGUAUUCUCGGGGAGCUGAGUGAUGGACAGCCUUUGUUUCCAGGCGAGAGCGAGAUUGACCAGCUCUUCACCAUUCAGAAAGUGCUGGGACCACUACCACCAGAGCAGAUGAAGCUUUUCUACAGCAACCCCCGCUUUGCAGGCCUCCGGUUUCCCACAGUCAGUCACCCUCAGACCCUGGAGAGGAGAUACCUGGGCAUCCUCAAUGGCCCCAUGUUGGAUCUGAUGAAGAACCUGCUGUUGUUGAACCCUUCAGAGCGCUUUCUGACCGAGCAGUGUUUGAACCACCACGUGUUCCAGGCACUACGUGUGCUAGAGCGGCCAGCACCUCCCUCCCCCACCCCACCUCGUACCUCCAAGAGGAAGCCCUACCAUGGGGACAACACCAUCCCCAGCCGUAGUAAGAGUUCUAGUCACCGUCGCUCCACCGGCAAAGACUGUUCAUCACUGCCGCGCCAUGAGGACCUUCACCGAAGCACAGACAGCUUCCUGAACGGCGGCGGUGGUCCCAUGACGGCCAGCCUGAGCCCCACGCUUCACCCCAAAAGCUACCAGAGCCAGACGCUGAGCCGCUCAGUCUCCUGCAGCAAAGAGCUGGCCAACAGCAACCUGCCCCACCUCCUCAGCCCCAAAGACGCAAAAGGCAAGACUGAGUUCGACUUCGCCCUCGGGGCCAAAGCAGGGGUCUCAGCUACUGGGGUGGACAGCUCUACCGGCAAGUACCUCAAAUCGUCCAAAUCCAACCGGCACUCGUCCUUCCUGGAGGGCAAGACCAGCACACUGCAGUCAGGGGACAAGCAUGGGCGCCACAACCAGAGUUACAUGGAAAGCUCUCAUGGCUCCAUGCCAUCCUCAUCAUCCUCUAAGAGCGCUUCGUCCUUCCUCAGCCUGUCCAAAAGCCAUGGCACGCUGAGCGAUGCCAAGUCUGUCAGCAACCUGGCCGAGUCACGCCUCCAUCUAGACGAGCCUGUGUCAGGUUCGGGUUCAGGAUCAGGUUCUGGCUCUGGUUCCCGCUACUUCCCGGCAAGCUGCCUGGAUCUGAACGCAGCUCCGAACAGCCCACGGGCAGAGCGGCACUCUGGUUCAGAGCAUCAGGGCCACAGCCCAGCAGGACGGGGCAACCCACGGCUGGAGGGCGGCACCCUGGACUCGCGGCGCUCUUCGGGUCGCAAGAAGACUCCAGAGGAGCCCAAGGUCCCAGACACGCUGGACCCAGCCAGAGCUGCCGCUGCUGCUGCCGCUGCUGCUGCCGCUGGAGCCCACACGCUCUCAGCCCCACAUGAGUCCUUCCCUUAUGGCCUAGGCUACACUAGCCCCUUCUCGUCCCAACAGCGCCCCCACAGGCACUCGAUGUAUGUGCGACGUGAACGCCAUCGAACCCAUGGGCAGGAGGCCCUUGCAGUAAACCAGGGCGUCCCAACACGGGCCAGCAGCCUCCAGCUGCUCUCCCCUCAACUCCCUCACCGCACAUUACCCCGCCACCCCACCAGUUCGUCAAGAGAGGAACUUAGCCAGGACCUCAGCAGGAGCGAACAGUCUCCCAAAGAGAAGCCUCACUCUCACGGCCCGAUUAAAGACUCGACGAGGGACAACACUGCUUCCUUCCACUCACAGCGCCCCAAAAACGAGGUGGGGAUGUAUCACGACCCACACGUGGAGGAUGGAACCUCGUCCAAAGAGAACAGGAUUAUCUACAGUGACUCCAUGCCUCGGAGAGUGGGAAGCUUCUACAGAGUCCCAUCUCCGCGACCGGACAACUCCUUCCACGACAGUGCAGGCCAGAGCAGAGUGCCGACUGUAGCAGCAGACAGCGCUACUCUGACCAACCACUCCAAACGCCAGACCAACUUUGACCCCUGGAAUAACUCAGAAGCAAUGGCCAUGAACCCACCAGAGGUUCCAAAACAGAAGGAAAAACAGGGUUUCUUCAGAGCAAUAAAGAAGAAAAAGAAGAAGUCCCAACCUACGGAGGGCUGCGAAGGAAGGAACCCGAGCAUCAAGAAAAGCCUUUUCCCUCUCUUUAACUCAAAGAAUAGCUUAAAGCAUAACUCCUCUGUGCUUCCUGUCCUUACUCAGCCCAUGGUUCCAGCUGAGGGCCAGCAGGACCAGCUCAUACUCCAGAGACCAGUCAAAUCCUCUUCCCAUCACAGCAGCCGUCACCGGAACCGGGACAGGGACCGGGAGCGGGAUAGAGACAGGGAUAGAGACAGGGAUCGAGAGAGGAAUCGAGAAAGAGGCCGCGAUCGAGACAGGGAGAGAGACAGAGACAACACCUGGCCUACAGAGAAACAUGCAGAUGUGCAGCCUCAGAACCAACCUCUGAAGUCACUGCGUAAGCUGCUGCAUCUCUCCUCUCCCCCCUCCUCCUCCCCGGCUAGCCAACCUCCUCCUCCUCCGCCAGACCGCUCCUCCGAACUGCGCUUCCAGCCACUCCCAAACCCCGCCCCCAAAGUGCCCCCAAAUCUGCCUGAUGCCCGAGGGCUUCCGGUGGGCAGCGUCACCCCCAACACCAAGAGCCGCAAGCCCCACAACUACCCUCUGCCAGGGCAGAUCGAGUCCAGCUGGCAUGCCUCGGCCCUGACCCGUGCCGAAGGGGCCCCCUACCCCGACCAAAUGGCCAGCAAAGGUGGGCAGAACGGCAUCGGCUUCGCCAGGCCCACCCGCCCCCGGAUGCCAAACCUCAACGACCUGAAAGAAACGGCUUUGUAG